UGCUCGGGGCUGUAACCUGUGUGUGUGUGUGUGUGUGUGUGUGAGAGCAGGAAGUACCCGAGGACGCGGGUCAACACGCAGAUACAUACACGAGAACGUGCGAGAGAUGUGAAACUCUUCCUUUAUUGAUCCCGGGGGAAUAAAUGACGACAUGAAAAUAAUGUGACAGGAAGACUUCAAACAGAUACACAUCAAAGACAUCAAAGCGCUCCAGUAGUCCCCACUGCACAGGCGUGGACAUGGAGGAGCACAGCGAGGCGCCGGUGACGUCUAAGGAAAACGGUCAAGAUGCCCGACAGAAUGGUGGCUGGGAGCUCAUGGAGAGCCUGAAGAAGCUGGAGAGCAGCGUUCAGAAACCGAGCGAGCAAGAAGGCUUCCUGCUGAAGAGGAGGAAGUGGCCGAUGAAAGGCUGGCACAAGAGAUAUUUUCUUUUGCAACAAGGGAUCCUGAUGUAUGGCAAAACAUUAGCUGAUUUGCAGAAAGGGAAACUUCGUGGCCGCAUCGACAUUGGCCUUUCCGUGAUGUCCAUCAAGAAGAAGACCAUGUGUAUUGAUCUGGAUACAGAGGACAGCCUUUACCAUCUAAAGGUGAAGUCGCGGGAUCAGUUUGACGAGUGGGUGUCACAGCUACGAAAUCACCGCGUAUUUCGUCAGAAUGAGAUAGUCAUGGACCCUCAGGAGCGACAACUGCACUCGAACUCUGCCUCCCUCAGAAGGCGUGCUGUUCUCUCUCAACAACCCUCAGUGUUAUCACGGAGCCCGUGGCUACAGAGCUCAGAAGACCUGAAGAAGUGCUGUAAAGAACUGUCAGAGUGUGAAUCAUCUCUGCUGGAGCUCAAUCUGCUGCUGAAGAAUAUGGAGGCGUUGCAUCGCACGUUCUCCACCCCUGCUAUAAACACACAGCAGACUGUAGAGCCCAAGAAAGAAAAGAAGAGAUCGAGGAGAUGGAGGUCAAAAAAUCAGACGAAAAGCACCAAAAACAGCACGCAGGUUUCUGGCUCAGCUUCAUCCACCGAUCUGCAUCUUUCAGUCCCAAACCUGAGCCUUCCUGAGCCGUCCUGUCCAGAGCUUAGUCUCGAAACUCCAGACUCGCCCAUCGAUGCCUCGCAGUUACAGGAGGACUUCUGCAGGCUGGCCAGCGCUGUGUGUGCCACCCUGAGGUCUACAUACACUUCUCUGUGUUCGGAGAGGGACAGAGUUCGACGCUCUGUGGAGUUAAAAAGCGUUCCUGAUCAGGACGUGAGUGAUGGACCUCAGCACCUCCUGCAGCAGGUGGCACAUGAACUGCGGGGAUCCAUCUCAGAGUCACUGUCGGAGUUUUUUGACGCACAAGAGCAUCUGCUUUCCUCCAGCUCGUCUGAGAACGAGGCCUCUGAUAAUGAAUCCUGUGUGAGUGAUGUGAGUGAUAAUACUUCAGUCGAGCUCUGCAUCAGCGAGGGAGGGAUUGAGAAGGACAACAUGUUGUGUGUCCGUUCAGACAGGAUGACGGUGAAGCGGCGCUUAAGGUUACCGAGCGCGUGCACCAGCGAGGGCGUGGACGUCUGGAGCAUCCUCUUUUCAAACAUCGGGAAGGACCUGUCCAAGGUGGCCAUGCCAGUGCAGCUCAACGAGCCAAUCAGCACCCUGCAGAGACUCUGUGAGGAGAUGGAGUACUGCCACCUGCUGGACACAGCUGCACAAACGCAGGACCCACACAUGCGCAUGGUGUAUGUUACAGCAUUCGCAGUGUCUGGGUACGCGUGUACUUUUACCAGAGCUGCAAAAAAACCUUUUAACCCUUUACUGGGCGAGACGUACGAGUGUGAGCGUCCAGACAAAGGCUUCCGCUUUAUCUCGGAGCAGGUCAGCCACCACCCUCCUGUGUCUGCGUGCCACUGCGAAUCCAAAAAUUUUACACUUUGGCAGGACAUCCGAUGGAAGAACAAAUUUUGGGGCAAGUCCAUGGAGAUUGUCCCAAUGGGAACCACUCAUAUAGUGUUGCCAUGUUUUGGGGAUCAUUAUGAGCUGAAUCGGGUCACGUCCUGUAUCCAUAACAUCCUAAGUGGACAGCGCUGGAUAGAGCACUACGGCGAGAUGACGAUCAAAAACACCACGGCUACAGAAGACGCCGGCAUCUGCAAAGUUACAUUCCUUAAGUCCAAGUCUAGAAGUUUAAACAGUAAUGAUGUUGAAGCGGUCGUCACUGAUUCCAAGGGACACGUGGUUCACUCACUGUUUGGUAAAUGGAACGAGGCCUUGUAUCUCGGGGCUCCGCCCUCAGCCAUCUGCAUCUGGAGAGCCAACCCCAUGCCUGAGGAUUAUGAGCAAUACUACGGCUUCACUCAAUUUACUGUUGAAUUAAACGAGCUGAAUGAGAGUAUACGUCCAUUCUUACCCCCAACAGAUACACGUUUCAGACCAGACCAGAGGUUGCUGGAGGAGGGAGAUGUUGCUGGAGCAGAAGAACAGAAAGAAAGGAUCGAGUCGCUGCAGAGGGAGAGAAGGAGGUCACUAGAGGAGAAAGGCCUGACUCACACUCCUCGCUUUUUCAAGUGGUCUGAAGACGACUCGUGGAUCAGCAAUGGAACAUAUUGGCAAUUGAGGGAAGAUCCUGGCUUCAGCAAACUGGAGUUCCCUCUGCUGUGGUGACGAGAUGGGACUUUCCCUUCACUGUGGGUUUUUUCUUCCCAAAACCAAAUGUGCUGCCAAGUUAAGAGUCAUCUGAAAAAUACUGCUGUCUAGCCGUGAUUGGCUUUUUAAUAAGAGUCAUAUGUGUCAUUUACUUACAGAGAAAGUGCCUUAUUGUGUCUAAAAAUCAUUAUGCUGUUUGUGUAAAAAUAUUUUUCUUUGUUUUGCGAUCAGGCGUUCAACAUGUAAUUAGAAAAUUGCUGCUGAGUGAAAUCAUUGGUUACAUCACCGGAAAUCCAAUCAAAUAUAUUUUCAUAAUACAGUGAUUCUCAUAAUUUACCAAUAAUGUACCGAUGGUCUUUAAAAUGCUGAUAAUCUGUGUUUUUUGAGGUAACAGGAGUCCAGUUGUUGAUUCGGUGAUCCUUCAUGCCUGAAAACACAACAACACUGAAGCAAUAAAAAUGCAAUAUUUUACAUCA